CGGCCUUGGAGGAGGAGGACCAGGUGGAGGAGUUGCAGUUGGCCUCGGCACAGGACUGGGACCUGGCUCAGGCAUCGGGACAGGUGGAGCAGGUGGGGGCUAUGGUUUCGGUCCUGGCGGCACAGGCACUGGUGCAGCUGGAGGCCUUGGAGGCAGAGGACCAGGAGGAGGAGUUGGCCCCAGCACAGGAGUAGGACCUGGCUAUGGGGUUGGUUUUGGUCCAGGUGGUACCGGUACUGGGUCAGGUGGCCUUGGUCCUGGUGGUGCUGGCACUGGCCCUGGAGGAGCUGGUUAUGGGCCCGGUAGAACUGGGUUUGGACCAGGUGGUGCUGGAGCUGGAUUAGGAGGAGUCGGAACAGGACCUGGAGGAUAUGACGCCAACGCUAAAGCUCGUAAAUAUGGAAUGUUAAGUGGAGCACUGGGAGGUACAGGAGCUGGUGGAGUCAGGCCUGGUGGGGCUGGAACCGGCUAUGGACCAGGUGGAGUUGGACCUGGCGGUGCAGGUACUGGUUACGGACCUGGUGGAGUAGGACCUGGUGGUUCAGGUACCGGUUAUGGACCAGGAGUCGGACAAGGUGGAAUUGGACCUGGAGGUGCUGGUACUGGUUAUGGACCAGGUGGAGUCGGACCGGGUGGUGCAGGUACCGGUUAUGGACCAGGAGUCGGACAAGGUGGAAUCGGACCUGGUGGUACUGGAUAUGGACCAGGUGGUGCUGGCACCGGUUAUGGGCCAGGUGGAGUCGGCCCGGGUGGUGCAGGUACUGGUUAUGGACAAGGUGGAGUCGGACCUGGCGGUGCAGGUACUGGCUACGGACCCGGUGGUGCAGGUACCGGUUAUGGACCAGGUGGAGUCGGACAAGGUGGAAUCGGACCUGGUGGUGCUGGUACUGGUUACGGACCAGGUGGUGCAGGUACUGGUUAUGGACCAGGUGGAGUUGGACCUGGUGGUGCAGGUACUGGUUACGGACCAGGAAGUGCGGGCACCGGCUAUGGACCUGGCGGAGUCGGACCAGGUGGUGCUGGCACUGGUUAUGGACCUGGCGGUGCAGGUACAGGAUAUGGACCUGGAGGUGCAGGUACCGGAUAUGGACCUGGCGGAGCAGGUACCGGAUAUGGACCUGGUGGUGCGGGCUAUGGACCUGGAGGUUAUGCUGGUGCCAAAGAGGAGGAGGAGGGGGCCCAGGAAGAGGUGUUGGAGUAUCAACUGGUGGUGGACAAGGGGCAGGACAGGGGACUGGUGGGAUACCUGGUUCGGGUGUUGGAACGGGAGGUGGACCGGGUGGCUUUGGACCAGGCGGCGCUGGAGGACAACCUGGAGGAGUUGCACUGGGGACAGGAGCUGGUGCUGGCACUGGUACUGGCACUGGUGCUACUACUACAGGAACUGGUGCUGGAACUGGAACUGGAACUGGAACUGGUGAUGGUGGUGCUGGCAGUGUGA